AUGUCCGUGUCUACAGAGAUCCUGAUCCACUUGUCGGCGUAUCUAGCGCUGUUUGUGUUCGCGAUGUACGUGGAUCAGUGGGUGGAGUGUUUCAGCGACUUCCGAAGGAAUCAAAUGGUCGCCUACGGGGAAGCGGUUGACAUGAAGUUGCUGCGCUUUCGCCAGCGGUUCGGCAAACGGCGGCGCGACUCGGAGCUGGAUACUGCCGAGAGCGAUGACAACCUUCCACUGUUGGUUCUGCAAUCGCCUGCACCGACGUCGUCGCCGGUGUUUACUUUC